UUUAUCACUUUAUAAAUACCCAUCUCUUCAUCCAUGUCACUUUGUUUCUGAAAUUAUAUAUAUAAAGCUAUCUCCUUCCUCUUCUUCUUCUAAGAACAAACAAGCUAAGAAGGAUCAAAGCCAAAAGAAAAUCAAGGGCAAGAGCUCAGAACCUCUGUUGUGUCUUAAUUUGGUAGGUAUAGGUGAAAUAAAGAAGAUGGCUUUUCCAGGAGCAAAUGAAUCCAUGUCAGGAGCAAGUUCACCACAGAGAAAGAUGGGAAGGGGUAAGAUUGAGAUCAAGAGGAUUGAGAACACUACAAAUCGCCAAGUAACCUUUUGCAAGCGCAGAAAUGGUCUUCUCAAGAAAGCUUAUGAGUUAUCUGUGCUUUGUGAUGCUGAGGUUGCUCUUAUAGUUUUCUCCAGCCGUGGUCGUCUUUAUGAAUAUGCUAAUAACAGUGUCAAAGCAACUAUUGAUAGGUAUAAGAAAGCAUGUUCAGAUUCAUCUGGUGUUGGAUCUACUUCCGAGAUUAAUGCUCAGUAUUACCAGCAAGAAGCAGAAAAACUGCGUGCCCAAAUUAGUAACCUGCAGAAUAACAACAGGCAAAUUCUAGGUGAGUCAUUGAGCAGUAUGAAUGUGAGGGACCUCAAAAACCUGGAGAAUAAAUUAGAGAAAGGAAUCAGCAAGAUUCGUUCCAAAAAGAACGAGCUGCUGUUUGCUGAAAUUGAAUACAUGCAAAAGAGGGAGAUAGACUUGCACAACAACAACCAGCUUCUUCGAGCUAAGAUAGCAGAAAGUGAGAGGAACAACAUGAGUGUGUUGCCAACUACUGGACCCACAAACUAUGAAUCAAUGCAUCAAUCUCAUGAACAACAUCAGCAUCAGCAUCAGCAUCAUCAGCAGCAAUUUGAUUCUCGUGGCUACUUUCAAGUCACUGGCUUACAACCCAAUAGUCAGUAUGCACGCCAAGACCAAAUGUCCCUUCAAUUAGUCUAAGAUUGAUGUCAUUGUGAUUGUGAUUGUCACCCUAGCUACCUAAUUAUUACCAACUGGCUAGUACGUAAUAUAAGCAGCAAAAUAUAUGAGGAUGCAUUGCAUGGGAUUUAACCAUUAAUUAAUAUAUAUAUGUAGUUGCCAUCUUAGGCUUUCAUCACUCAUAAGACUACCCUGUAUCUAUAUAUUCUCAACUGCUCCAUCUCUAUUAUGUUUAUAUUAAUUAGUAUGUGUACUAAGAUUAUCAACAAGACACUA